AUGGUUUACUUUUACCAGACGGAGGCUGAUAAUGGGUCUUGCUACUCAAUCAUUUUGGGAAAGGACAAAUUCGAAAAUGAUGCCUUGAUCAAAUUUGGGUAUAAGGAGCUGAACUACGUGUGGUUUCACGCUGACCGGUACUCUAGCGGACAUGUGUAUUUGAAACUGCUCGAGAAUGAAAAGGAUUUGCGCGAUGUUCCUCGGGAGGUCGUCAACGUUUGCUUACAGUUGUGCAAAUCGAAGUCUAUACAAGGAAACAAAUUACCACAGUGUACCAUAAUUGGAACACCGUGGACAAAUCUACGCAAAAGCGGAGCCAUGAAACCGGGCGAAGUCUCCUUUAAGUCCACUAGAAGAAUCCAGAAGUUUGAGUGCCAUGGGCGCGAUAGCAAAUUGUUGGGCCGUCUAGACAAAACAAGAGUUGAGCUUCUCCGAGAAAAUAUGCUUGCGGCUGCCAAGAAGAGCAAAGAGUACGGUUUCUUCAACGACUACAUUGCUGAAAACAGGGACGCUUUAGUCAAAGAAGAGCACGAAAGAAAAGCUGCUAAGAAAGCCAAGAAAAAAGUUGAGCCUGAAACUGAUGGAAGCUGA